AUGGAUUUUAAUCGAAUUGUUGACAAGCUUGAGUCGACUGAUUGGUCAUUGAUAAUGAAUAUGGAAGAUGCUAACGAGGCAGCUGAUAAUUUUAACACAAUCUUAGAAAUGGCAAUAAACGAAAACACAAGUUAUGUGGUGCCCAAACGGUCAGAUCGAGUUAUAAAGCCAUGGAUAACUCCAGGCUUAAUGAAAUGCCAAAAACACCGUGACAAUCUGCAUCUCGAAGCCAGGAGAAACCCUGAUAAUACACUUAUCCAAAUCACUUAUAAACGAUACAGAAACUUCCUUUACGCGCUACAACGAAAAUUAAAGACCGAAUACGAGAAUAAUCAAAUUCAGCAAAAUAAAGAUAACCCAAAAAAAGUUGUGGAAAACGCUCAAAAAUAUAUGUAA